AUGGGGUUAAGUGGAGCUAAGCCUGCUUGCACGCCCUUGGAGGCUAAUGCAAAAUUCACUUCAAUGGAAUAUGAUCAGGCAAAUAAAGUCAAGGAUGAUUCCCUAUUGCAGGAAAUCAGUGCCUAUCAAAGGCUAGUUGGCAAGCUACUGUAUGUCACCAUUACAAGACCUGACAUCAAUUAUGCUAUGCAAACCUUAAGUCAGUUCAUGCAAAGGCCCAAUAAGUCUCGUUGGAAUGCUGCAGUUAGAGUUGUAAGGUACUUAAAAGGUGCACUAGGACAAGGAAUCUUAAUGGCUUCUGGUCACACAUGGGAGUUAACAUGCUGGUGUGACUCAGACUGGGCGGCAUGUCCCAACACAAAAAGGUCAGUUACGGGUUAUGUGAUAAAGUUUGGGAGUUCCUUGGUGUCUUGGAAAUCAAAGAAACAACAAAUUGUGUCAAUGAGCUCAACGGAAGCUGAGUACAGAAGCAUGGCUGCUGCAACUGCUGAGAUCAUAUGGUUACUUGGUUUGUUUAAAGAUUUGGGUGUGAAGAUUACAUAG